GGUCUGACAUAGAAGUGGUACCGAUUUCUACUCUUAGGCAUCUAUCCCAGAGUGCUCCUCUGACCAUAAAAAAAUCAAAUUUACACCUAACCGGUGGGACUUGUGAUCCAUGCCAGAUAGAGCACAAGGGAUGGCUCGGAUCGUGGAUUGAGUCUAUGUAUUCCUGCCGAUGCGGUAUCACAUGCACGUUUUCUAGUGACCGAAUGGUCACUGAGAAGCCGCAUGUUCAUCUGUUUGUCUCGCAGCUGCCUGACGGGGAAAAUUAUCUAGAGCAACCUGUACGUGCUUACUUGUACCUUGAGGCGGACGUCUUUACAAACAGUUUUUUUUCAAAUGGAGAAGAGGAGGGAAGCAGAAUAGAUAGAGAAGAGGGGUUAAACAUACCAGACGGAGGCGAUGGGGUACAAUGGGAACGGGGACCAUCGGGGGUCACUACGUGGCCAGGAGACGUGCUCUUGAGUUACAAAGCCUCUGCAGACGUGCAAGUGACGUAUGCCGGGGAGUUUUAUCAGAUCAAUCGUCAGCGGCGUAUGGCGAUUGCAAAGCGCGACAACGUGCUCGUGUACGUGGCUGUCUCUCAUUGCGGCAUUCGGUGGCGUGACCGACUGCUGCAGGAAUUUAUGCAGCUCGUCCCUACCCACUCUUUCGGCAAAUGCGAAAACAACGUCGGCGGGCAGGGCAGAGAACUCAAAAUGUAUCCGCAUUGUCGACUCAAAGGCGGCAGCGGCGAAUGGUUUGAGCACGCCCAUUGCGUGAUGUCGCACUACAAGUUCGUGUUGGCGGCGGAGAACACAGUUGACGACUCGUACGUUACCGAAAAGCUGUUUUACGCGUUGGAGUCCAACACCGUCCCGAUAUACUUCGGCGCAAAGAACGCCAUCAACUUCGCUCCUCCACGCUCGUUCAUCGAUUCCGAAGCUUUCGAAUCUGUCGGGUUGCUGGCAGAGUAUGUCAUGAAGCUGGCUGCAGAUCCUAUCAAGUACUCUGAGUACCUUGCCUGGCGCAGAUGCGGUGUUCUCGGCAACUACGCGCGCGCACGCGCCGUCAGUCUUGACACGGCGCCUUGCCGUCUGUGUGAAUUUGUCAGCAGUAAGGGAUACGGCGAUGUCCCGAUGAACGCAAGCCAAGAGACAUAGCCGCAGGAUCUCCUGCAUUUUUGACGUGCAUAUAAAUGUUGAUGUCAACAGAUGAACGAAGAUUGGAUCGGAACUGCUGUCAUCGGUACAGGAUAUAAAAGUUGAUGUCAACAGAUGAACAAAGAUUGGAUCGGAACUGAACUGCUGUCAUCGGUACAGGAUGAUGUAAGAGUUGAUGUCAACAGAUGAACAAAGAUUGGAUCGGAACUGCUGUCAUCGGUACAGGAUGUAAGAGUUGAUGUCAACAGAUGAACGAAGAUUGGAUCGGAAGUGCUGUCAUCGGUAUAGGUUGAUGUCAACAGAUGAACGAAGAUGGGAUGGGAACUGCUGUCAUCGAUACCGGGUAUCCUGGGGACGUAUCGACGAAUGCAGCCGGGCGGAGAAGGGACCGCAUACGGGCUCUCGAUUUGGGAUCCUCAGAGACUUUACGCGAGAAUUCUCUCAAUCAAACAAAAGAACGCUCUUGCGCCUUCGGGCCGCCUUGACUUUGGGACCAGCGGGGGGGACCACUCGGCGAUGUCUGACAAGCCCUUCCCACCCUGUGUUUCCUCAACAAAGGUUGUUUUCGUCGAUAGUUAUUGAGCCGCGGCCAAGGAGGGGGUUUGCAGUUCUGCAGUUGAAGUUUUGAGCCUGUGAUCUUGUGCACCAUAACUGGGGUAAGGGUGUAUUCCUUAUUCCCUCGAUGGAGAGCGCUGUUGGUCUCACCACUGCUCUCUUUCUCUCGUCUGUGUGAAGUGUGCCGUCUGAGGCUCUUCUAUCUGGCUGCCCCUUUAGAGAGCUGCACUCACUGGCUUCAGGAUUCGGCCAGUCCAAAGCAACACCUGUGUGGCAAUUAACAACACUCGUGGUGACGCUCGGCACUCGCAGUUCUAGCCCUAGAAAAAAAAAAAGCAGCAGCAGAAGAAGAAAGUGCUUCUAGCUUAAAAAAGAAAAAAAGAAAAAGAAAAAAAAACUUGCUUCUGACCGGUUGUCAGUUGUUGCCAGACUGGGCGGCCAGUUCGAGCCGGUAUCCGUAAAGUUGGAGGCGGCGGCUGAUCGUAUCCGUAAAGUUGGAGGCGGCGGCUGAUCCGACGGCUGUGAUUGAUCAACUUUUUUUUUUCUUUUUUCUUUUUUUUAGGGGUAACCAUAACCCCUAAAACUAUUCCAUUCAUCUGAUUCCAUCAUGAUUCGAACUCGUGCUCUGCUUACUAACAGUUUACAUGUGUGAUGCGUAGCCCAAGGCCGCAUGCUCUGCAUGCGCUACUACGUAGCACACGGCCACAUGCUCUGCAUGCGCUACUAUGGUGGACAGAUUCGACUGAACCGUUAAAACCGCCAGUCUGUCCGAGCUUGUUUUUUGUAAGACGCGGAUUUCCCCUGCGCACCAAGCUUUGUCGAAACGCCAGCGUGGUCGUUUUCCUUUUCUUUUGGCCGGCGCCGGCGCCGCCAGCCGUGGACUGUCUGGUUGCCUGGAGCUUGCAGAUCUUUCGGGGAGAGCCUGUCGUUGUCCUCAAGCUGCCUGCGGUCAUGGAGUGGUGGUUUGAGGACGCCAAGAACUCGUGAGUGAAAUUUCGCCUUUGCUCAGCAGGACAUUUCAGCAACGUAUCUGAUCUCCAUUUGGACCACAAUUCGUCAAGCUAGUCCGUUCCACUGUGCAAGUACUCUGUCGCUCACUUAGGCCGUGCCUUUCUUUCUUGUCGAUGUUAACUUUUUCAGAGCAGUGUAUCUGAUCUCCAUUGCGACCAGUGCCUUGUUGACUUCAACUUUUUCAGAGCAGUGUAUCUGAUCUCCAUUGCGACCAUAUUCUGUCAAUUUUCAUAGCAGUGUAUCUGACCUCCAUUGCGACCAGUGCCUGCCUUUCUUGUUGACUUUUAACUUUUUCAGAGCAGUGUAUCUGACCUCCAUUGCGACCACAUUCCAUCAAGCUUGUCCAUUCCACAGUGCAAGUACAGGGGGACUCAGGCAGGUAGUGCCUGCUUUUCUUGUUGACCUUUUCUCUUUCACAGCAGUGUAUCUGACCACCAUUGCGACCACAUUCCGUCGAAGCUUUGUCCGUUCCACCCUGCGAGUACACACACUGUCACUCCCUUUGGCAGUGCCUGCCUUUGCCCCGUCAAUGACUGCUGCAUGUUUCGAUGUUCGCACCCUUUCGUUCCAGGCUGAGGGGAGGUUCUCUCUGUGUUUUGAACUGUUUUCAUAAUAAGCACAACAUCCCAUCACAGAUUUUCGCUCAGGGCAUCCUCACACUAGGACUCUCCUGGAUGUGUACGACUGUUUUGCCAACCUCGCCUGGAUGGACCUGGCCGUAAGUACAUCCACAGAGAAGUUGAAAACCUUGCCUGGAUGCACCUGACCACAAUUACGUCCACAGAGAAGUCUAAAAAGUCGUAGUGUCCGUAUGCCGUCAGACAUUUUGUAGCCAAUGUGUACAUCACCAACAAUACUACAAAAUUCAGACUGAGCUCUUUUUUCUUUUCUUUUUCAUUUUUCCCUUGCCUUCUUUUCGUUCUCUUUCUUUUCUUUCUUAGAAAGGCCACGGCUUUUGGAUAUUCUCAUCGCUCAUCGAACUGAACGGUCCUGAGUAACUCACAGAAGCGUUCAAUUUCAUUCAUCCAGACGAUCUGGAACCGAAGCCGGGGCUGUAUUUCAACAGCUCAUGGGUGUACCAACAGAGUUUUUAACUUUUAACUGUCCUAGGUCCGUUCGACCGUUGGUUCAAACUGUGAGUUUGACUGACUGAAGAAAACCCAUUUCAUAGUCGCUGGCCCCAUUCGGGACAAGACUUCGAAAGUCCACAAAGUGCCAACGGACCCAGGGUCCCAUUGGGGAGAAGACUUCCCUUAAAAGUUGGGAUGACAGAGAAGACUUCCCUUAUAAGUUGGGCCCUUAAAAGUUGGGAUGAUAGAGAGAAGGUUGGCAUGCUCCCCCCCGGCAAAUGGACCCGGCGAAACUCAUUUGAGUGUAUACUCACAAGUUACAAGCACUUUCCUAAAUAUAUCUGACUGAGAUUAUGGCCGGACAUGGACGAAUCUGACCACAAUCACAUCCAGAGCUGAAAAUAAAAAGUCUGACUGCGA